AUGGCUGGCGGCGCACUCCUUGUGGCACUGGCGAGGCCUUGCUGCAAGGCAGCAGCUGCGGCACCUGAGAGUGCCGGCCCAAUCGCAAGGCCUGAGCACGUCUCACCGGGCUAUGCACAUCCAGGACACCAGAUUCAGGCUGGCGAGGAGACGGAGGCCGUGCUCGCCAGUGGCGGUCAGGGGGCGCAGGAGUGCCGAGCGGCGGCAGCCGGCGAGGUGGCCCAGCAGCUGGAGGCGGAACAGGCCGAGUUGGCGGCUGACUUCAAGCAGCUGGGCACUGUGCCGGCAGGAAGGCAGAGGCAGAGGGAAACCGCUGCUGCAAGUGAGGCCAAUCGUUUGAGGGAGGAGCAUGCCGAAGCGGUGCGCCGCCAGCAGCUGGUGCACGAUGAGCGGGCGAGGAUUGAGGCGGAGAUCAGGCAGCUGAACGAGCAGGCCGCGGCAGCGCGGGGCGACCUGAAACUACUUCUAGCAGCAGCCGAGGCAGCGCACGUGCGCGCGACGAGGGCGCAGCAAUUCGCCGCAGACUGCGAGGCCGCAAUGGAGCUUGAGGCUGCGGCGGCCAUUGAGGAGGCGGCCGCUUUCGGCCGCGCGCGUGCGGCUUGGGCUGAGCAGCGCGCCAGGGUGUUCCCCUCAGAGCAGCAUGCGGCGGCGUCGGCGGUGGUGGCGGCAUCUGGCCGCCUGCAGGCCGUCCAGCAGGAACAGCACCAGGCUCUGAUGAACCAGCUCGAGGCCAUGGAGGCGUCGCUGGCGACUGCAUGCAGCCAGGCGGCGGCGGCGGGAGCGCAGGCGGGUGUGGCCGCUGCCUCGCAGGCAGAUGCGUGCGCGCAGCAGCAGGACACGGGUGCCCCUCACCCACCAGGCACGCACGUGCCCAUCGGCGGUGGGCACGACGGUUUCUUGGUUGAGAACGACAGGCACGCUCGCAUCCUCCUGCGUGGCGCGUCACGCCUGGCGCACAUGGCGUGGGUUGCCAGCCUAGGGCAUGUGCCACUGGAGGACAAGGCCACCGUGCGCUCCGCUGAGGAGCAGGGCUGCAGGACAGGCGUGACGGGCUACACCAUCAGGGUGGAGGCGGGGGGAGAGCUCAAGGUGUGGGUCGACAAGGACCCGGGCAAACUUGGGCAGAAGCUGGUCAACACAGGCCACAAGAGGUGCCUCUGGUCGCACGACCACGUGCUCCAGGCCAUCUCGAACCGCGUCACGGCGCGGCAGGGCGUGACGCAGGGCCUGAUGAAUCCCAAGGGGGAGCUGGACAAAGCGCUGCAGGCCAUGCUGGAGAGCGUCAAGGGCGCGUGGGAGGCAGAGAGCAAGGCGUGCCAGGGGGUGGAGGACCUCAUCAAAAGGCAGCGAGAGGACGCCAAGAGCGUCGCGAGGGAGGCGGCCAAAGCAGCAGCUUCCGCCGCGGCUGCUGCGCCAUCCGUCAGCGGCAUCAGCGGCAGUCGCUUGGAACGGUGGCUGCGAGGGCCGUGA